AUGGAGGCAGCAGAUCUAACAGCGACAGUGGUGGCUAAAAGCAGCGAAACUCUCCCCAUAUUGAUGGCUACUUCGAACGAUAGCAACAACCGUGGAGGAACGGACCCGCUAUUUGUCCUCGUCUCCAACAAUAGCACCUGCGGCGACAAUGGCUAUAGCAACGAUGAUUUCUUUGAUUCCCAGACAAUCAGCGACAGGGAAAUGGCGACAACGUUACCUCUUGUUGGUUUUCCGGUCACACACGUCAUCCAGCGACGUAGCGAUGGCGGUGUUUCGAUGGAAGGAUCGGCAGGUGACACGUUGGCGACACAGCGACGCUAUCGGUGGCGAUCGAUGUUGAAAAAACAACAGGGGAUAGAGAAGGAGAAGAAGGUGAACUUCAUGUGGUCGCUUGAGGGCACCGUUGAUCAGAACAAGGUGGAGUUUGGGUGA